CCGCUUGCCCUUGUGUGACGCGCUGCUUUGGUCAAUCGUAUAUCCACGGAUGACAGAGGCAGGUUAAAGCAAUCGUCGAGACAAUAUCGCGGUUGACGUCUUGCUGCCAAAGAGGAACAAAAUCUACCGCUGUUAAGAGGAGCCGUAAACCGGGCAGUGGAGCGAACCGCAGCGCGGCUCCCAAGUUUUGCGUCAUUCUAGGUGAGGUGCACAAUAAUUGUGCUUGGAUUACAAGGGCAGGGCACCUACUAUGUACUACCACAGCCACCAGGAAGCCGGAUUUACCAUUUAUCCGCAGAACAAUAUCAUCACGUGUGCCCUUAUCAUAUUAUGUAAUCUGCGCUAGGGUCCCAAUCCGCAGACAUAAUACAGCGGGACAUUUGCAGAGCGAUAUAGACUCUGGCGACCAUCAACACAAACAUCACCACACCACCACCCUUGGCCUUCACGACGAAGCGCGAUAAGACGCGUGUUACGGCUGCAUGUUACUGUGGGCUGCUGCACCAGGCCCGUAACGUCUCAUGCAGCGACAUAGACAUCCUCAAGAGGCCAUAUUCUGCCUUCCCCAUGGAGGUCAAACAUGAAUGGCAUGGACGACAACGAAGACGAAACAGAUUUGUUCGACGAUGACUUUGAUAAUCUGUCAGAAUCCGCUCUCCGGGAACUUGAGCACCAUGCUCUUAUCUCAACUCAGCAAGCCUCUGCCUUAUUGCGUGCCCAAAAUACCACGGACCCGGUGCCUAAGGACAUUUCCUUGCCCAACAAUCAAUUUCAAGCACAACCACCAUUGAAUGCCAAAGCGCAACCGAGACAACCCUUCACUCAUCGGCAUCUUACCGAACCACAAUCUGAAGAUGAGAGUUUCGACCUGGUCGGCGAGGAAGGCGUGUCGACCCCGGUUGACGAGUCUGGAGCGUAUUCUUUACGUCGACUACAACCCAAUGAGUCGGUUCAGCGAGGGCAAUUCGGCCAGCAACAUCCGGCUCAGGGAUACAACGGGCUCCCCCACAGAGGAAUGAACAGGCCACAGGGGCAGAGUCAACCAGGGACACAUCAGGAAUCUCGAGGAGAUGGCCGUUAUGGCGGGGUUCGACCACGACAAGACGCGAUGCUUCUUGACAGGCCUUCCGGGCCCUCGCAAGAGGCUACUGGUUUAAUGCAGCAAGGACAUCGAGGGGACAACUCUCGCACGAUGGAAGACCUCUUGCGAGAGCGCGAAGAACUCAGCCGGGAACUUCAAGCAACAAAGGAUACCGUUCUGAUGCAGAAAGGCGAGAUAUCAAUCAUAAGGACAAACCUUGAGAAAGAGAGCAAGGUCUUCGAACGACAGCUGGCUGCUCUCAAAAAGACAAUGGCAGAGGAGUCUGCCAAACAGAAAGCUGCUUUGCAGGCAAUGAUGGAAAAGAACAACACCCUUACUACCAGCUACAAAUUUCUGCAGCAGGAACAUGACCAGGAGCUUCAAAAUCUCCAAGCCUUGCAACAACGGCUGAGAGACAGACAACAAUCCGGGAACGAGGACAGCCAUACGACAACACCGAAGCGCGGUUUCGUCGGCUCUCUUCGUGAUGGCUUCGACAAUGAUGAUGUGAUGGUCGUUUCCCCAUCAAAGUCUGGUCGACGCUCGAAACCCGGAACUCCUCCUGCUGGCAAUAAGAGAAAGCGGAAGGCCGAUGUCACGAGUCCGGUUAAGCCACUGGUGCUUCGAGCCUCGACCACCAACCCCGGCCAGAUGCUACCGCCACCGCAAGAAGAGUUUGUGCAUGCCGAGGAGCAGCCCGUCACCAUUAUCCGAACGGACAAGCAGGCUGAACGGGACCUACGCUUUUUGCAGGACAUUCUGGAAUACCGUGUCAAAGGAUCCGGGGAGACGUUGGUCGAAGCACUUGUUGGGUUCAAACUGCCAAGUACUCCGACAAAGACGUUUUCAGCUGUGCUGCUCGAAGGCACCGCUCGGGUUAAGGGUCAUAAUAUCCUGCGGGAUAUCCUACAGAUUUUCACCGAUCUCUGGUCGAAAUCAUUGAAGGAGCAGUACUAUACGCCCAUUGCCCUGCUCGUUGAGGUUGUAAAUCACAUUAUCGAUCUCGACAUGACCAUUGUUGAUGCCGACACAGUCUCCUCUCUUGCCCUUGUGCUUCAGGACUCGGUUGGCAUCAAUGCCAACACGCGUUUCAAACAUUCUCCCGUCAACCACGCAACCUUCGGAACGGUGCGCGAGACACCUCAGGCGCUCCUCAACCAUCAGGUCAAUGGGACAGAUUGUCUAGAACUGCUACUCACUGUGGCAUACGCCGUCUCCGAUGAUUCCCAGCUGAUUUCCUUGUUCUGGCGUGUGAUGAACCCGGAAUUUGUUCUGAUGAUGCUCAACGUCUGGCAACCUAUUGCGGACAUCACACUUAUGCUGCGAUUGCUCGCCACGAGCACCUUUGCGGAAACGUUCGGCAGCAUAUGCGUCGAUGACCAGCAGAAGAAGAUCGAAGACUAUGUGUUGAACCGAAUCUGCUAUCUGCUCUGGGAAACGCCCAAGGUGGACGAAGGACUGCCUCCCAACACCACCGAGGAACUAUGCCAACUAAGGCUCGAGGUCAUGGAUUUGCUGAUCCGAAUCGCCAUCACAUCGUCUCCUCAUCCUCACCAAGACCAGUCCCACCACGGCAGCAGACUGAUUGCGCAUCAUCAGAGUGCGAUUGGCCGCAUCGUUCGCAGCUUAUAUGAUGAGGUCUCUGCCAUGUACGAGCUCACUUCUUCGCAUGCUCUUCACGCAGAGAUUGUGAACAAAGGUGUGCACUUGCUGUAUCAUGUCCUCCAGCUGCAUGGACAGGAGAUCAAUCUCCAGGACAAACUGUCGGUGAUCAAUGGUGGCGUGCACAAGCAUUGCGUCGUGCUCACCAGGCUUGCUUUUUCCGAGGGCUUCUAUGUCGACCGCUUGAUUCGCGAUGAGACCGUCGCUAUGGCUACCAGUAUGCUCGAGGACAGUGUCACGCCCGACGAGGCGGAUGAGUUGAUUGAGGCCUUUCCUGGCUUCAAAGGCCGCGGCGAAAGUGUCGUGGCUGACUGAGGGGCCGUUCCGCUGUAUCAUCCUACCAUUGACGGCCUUGCGAUCUGCCCUCGUUCAAGCGGGAAAGAAUGACGGUUAGCAGGGGCAGUUAGUCAACGCGGCAGAUGUCAAGGUGUCUGGUCUGGAUUGAGUUGGAUCGACGUGUCAUGAAGCUAAGAAUCGAAAUGAACAACUUUGUAACUUUAAUACAAUGUAUGUCUCGCGGCUAAGCUGCUAGCUGGGGGUUUUGCUUUUCCCCUGUCCAUGAUCCCUGGGUCACCACCCGUAUGUUGAUUCUGAUUUCGAGCUUCGCCUGGAUAUCCUACUAUCGUUCAAUGUUUGGACGGGCCGGGCCGCUUUUGCACGUUCAAGUUAUCAGGGACAUCUAGAUCCAUUUCCCACGGGCAUCCCCCAUUCAUAGAAAUCUCCGUUUGUUUGACCCUGCUCCCUGGCAUUCCCCUUCCUCCCCUUCAUUCGGUCCGAAGAUGCAUCCUGUCGCGUCCAAUUCAGUCAGUUCGGGGUUUCAAGUUUGUGCAGUUCAAGCUGUGCAGGGUUAUGGUAUACGACCAUCAGAGGUCAGAGGCCCCCAUCCUAUUUCUCCGUAUCAGCAUGUAACUAUAUGCGGCCUGCCCAUGAUUAGGACAUGGUCCUUGGUGGAUCAAAUAGCUGAUUAGUUCUCUCCCUUCUGGAUGUAUGGCAAUUGCAAUGUUUCUAUUGCGAGUUCAUACCUGACGGUAGUGCUAGGAAACAUUUCUC